CUGCGCUCUUAAACACAGCUCUUGAGCUGAGCUCUGGAUCACGUAUUACUAAAAACAUAUCCGCCAUGUCCUCUGUUCGUGUGUACAUCUGGGGCAGUGUCACUGACGUCCUCCAUUCAGCCUGCAGUGUGUUAGCUCUCAGAGGAGACACAGAGCAUUCAGGCGAGCACACGGCCCCAGGAGACACCAGACACGGGUGUUCCUCCUGCCUCACGGACGAUGGGGCCAUGGAGGAAGAAGAAUUCGAAAUCCUUCUCCUGGAGGAACCUGAAGAAGGCGCAUCCCAGGAUCCUUCUCCAGGUGGGUCAGGAGGGCAGCGCGGGGAUGAAGGGACCCCGCAGACGCUGAGGCUCAUCCUGGUGGGAAAAUCCGGGAGCGGGAAAAGCGCCACGGGAAACAGCAUCCUCGGGAGGAGAAUGUUCGAGUCCAAGCUCAGCGCUCGCCCGGUGACCCAGGCCUUCCAGCAGGGGCGCCGCGCGUGGGCGGGGAGGGAGCUACAGGUCAUCGACACCCCGGACAUCCUGUCCCGCUGGGAGGCGCCGCAGGGGACCGCUCAGGGCGUUGGCGAGGCCGGCCCCCGCUCCCCUCCGGGGCCGCACAGGGUGCUCCUGGUGACACAACUCGGCCGGUUCACCGAGGAGGACCAGCAGGUGGCCAGGCGCCUCGAGGAGGUGUUCGGGGCGGGCAUCCUGGCCCGCACCGUCCUGGUGUUCACGCGGAACGAAGACCUGGACGGCGGCUCGCUGAGGACAUUCCUGCAGGAGACAGACAACCGAGCGCUGGCCAACUGCGGCUUCAACAACAAGGGGGACGGAGCCGAGCUGGAGGCCCAGCUGAGGGAGCUCAUGCGGCACGUCGAGGGGGUCCUGUGGGAGCACGAGGGCAGCGCCUACAGCCUCCCGGCUGCCCCUCACCCCCGCGCCGCGCCCCGGGAGAGCUGGGGCCUCUGGCGGCCCGGCGCCGAGGAGGGGCGCGGGGACCAGGCCUGGCUGCGGGGCCUGCGCCGCAUCCUGAAGGAGCCCGAGCAAGCUGGAGGCCAGCUCCCGCCGAGCGCGCCCAUCUGAGGCACAGGCCUCCGCGGCUUCCUGCCUCCGGCUCCCAGGCCCCUCACUUGCCGGCUCCAUCCCAGGGGUCCCUGCCCGCUCUUGACUCCAGGGCAGCAUCUGGUCAGGCGGGAGGAGGUGGGUGGGCUCCUGAGUUCUCAGCUCCUUCAUCACACCUUCCAGAACACAGGGGCCCUCCUGCUCUGCGCCCCCCGCCCAUCCUCACGUGUCUCUGGCGUUCCCUCUCUGCAACAGAACUCUGAGAGAAGCCAAGCGUCCUGAGGCGGGCCUGUGCUCCUUUCUGCCUUGGAACCCCGGCAGCAUCCCGGCCACUGGAGGCUCGGCUUAUAACUCGAUGCAGAUCAGCGUGGAAUGUGGACCGGGCAACUCUGCGUCUCUUGGGCUGUGUCCUUGCCCGUUAAGAGGGCAGGCACGAUGGCUUUUAGGGCCCAGCGCCAUGUGGGGCAGGACAGGCUCUGGGCUGGGGAGGAGAAGGCAACUAGAAAUGGGGGAGGGCCACAAGGAGCUGCUCUUGAUUCGCUCUUGAGAGAGGCCACCACCUGCAGCAAGGGAGCCCCAUGGGAUGGAGCAGGGCAGGGCAGGUGUGUCCAGGGGCCAGGUCUGCUCAGGAAACGGGCCUAGACCUGGCUGCAGGACACGGACCGCCCGGAGGUCCAAGUGGACUUGGGCAGCGGAGGCGCUCUUCCCAGGGAGGCUUGGACAAGGGAGGUCACACACCCGGCACCGCCC